AUGACGGACGAGGACCCGGACGAGGGUAACAACGCGAAGUUCGUGGAGACGGCCGAGGCGAGCAGUCAGCUCGGCAAGGAGUCGAGCUACUUCGACCGAGAGCGAGCGCAGCUCUCCGAGAUGCAGGCUGGCGCAGCCACCGUGCGAGAUGGAGAGCCUUUCACGUUCCGAUCCGGCGCCGUCUACAAGGGCCAAUGGAAGAACGGCGUCCGUGAGGGCAUCGGCAAACAGACCUGGCCGGACGGCGCGAGUUACUUCGGCCAGUGGGUGGCAAACAAAGCUCAGGGAAUGGGCCGCUUCCUGCAUAGUGAUGGCGACAUCUAUAUCGGGCAGUGGCAAGACAACAUGGCCAGUGGAUGUGGGAAGUACUACCACAAGGGCAGUACGACCUAUGAAGGUUCCUGGAAGAAAGACAUGCAGGAUGGCUUUGGGGUGGAGACCUGGGGCGAGGGCGCCCGCUACGAGGGAAGCUUCAAGGAAGGGCAGAAAGAAGGCUUCGGCAUCUACUACUGGACCGACGGCUCCAAGUAUGAAGGAGCCUGGCGUGACAACGUGAUCGAUGGCGCAGGCCUCUACGUCGCUAGCGACGGUCGCACUUUCAAAGGGCAGUGGUCGGACUCCAUGAUCCACGGUGUGGGAAAGUAUGAUUGGCCCGGCGGGCGACAGUACGGCGGCGAGUACGUGAGCGACCAGAAGCAUGGCUUCGGAGUUUUCCGUUGGCCAGAUGGUCGAAAGUACGAGGGCUAUUGGAAGGAUGGCAAGCAGCACGGCCUAG